CCUGUACAGGUAUCACUCUGUUGAGGUGAACGGACAUAAACUUGCUGGUUCCCUGGAAUUGAAGUGGUCAUGUUGCUUAAAUCCUGUUUCGCUGUGAUUUUUGCCCUAUUGGCUCAGCACGCUGUGCGUCUCUGGUUUUUCUUGGAUUAUCACAAAUCCAGGACAAUAAUCCACCACCGACCCGGACCUUGUAGACAGCUGGACGGUGCAGAUGGUGGCUCAGAAGAUCUCACAGUGUUGGACAAUGGGCUGACCUUCAUCGCCUCGGGUUCUUAUCCAUGGACCAGAGGUCGCAUUCUUCUUUUCAAUUUUUCAAACCCUUUUGAAGACGCGAAGGAGUUGCCUAUUAUCAGCUCCAGUCUGAAUAAGUCAGAUUUAGUACUUUAUGGACUGUCCACCUGGCGGGAUAGUUUAACAGGUGAGAUGAUCAUUGACAAGUUAUCAUCUCUAGAUUAUCUGUAGGACAGCAAUUUGCUGAUCUCCAAUCUGACACCACGUCCAUUUGUAUUUUAUUUUACGUGUAGGAAAAUAUUCGCGUGAGGAUAGGCAUAAUUGUGCGUCAAAACCUAGAGACUGACAUCUGCACGAAAGAUGGCGUGCAGGUGAAGUGCAGGAUACAGCAACAAAGCUUGAUAUAAUGAAGCAGAAGACGCUUUCUCUUCCGGAGAACCUGGUCUUAUUCGCCGUGUCCCUUUUCAUGAGUAUCCAUGCCAAUCCAUAGUUUUGUUUAUAAUUUACGCUAGUUUAAUAGAUUUCAAGUUUAAAUUAUGGUUUCGUUAUCAUGUUAAAGUUUUUGUUCCUGUAAUGUACAGGAUUAAGGAGGUAAUUGUUUCGGUAAUUAAAAAUGUAUAUUGUUUUGAACUGAUCUGGUAUAAAUUUAGACAUUCCUGUUGGAAGAUUUUUACUUUGAAUUAAAAUUCUUAAAUGUUUUUUAAAAACGUUGAAAUGUAUUUUACGUCCAUUUGGUAUCGAUGAUGUUCGGCUGCAUUCAACAGGUCGACGGCGUAUGCAGACAUGACACAAUCUAGUUCGCAGUUUGUGAUCGGAGAAUAAAGUUGUUACUAUUU